AUGGCUUACACCAAAUUUCUAUCCGUCUAUGUAUUCUUGAUCAUUGGACGACGAGCUUGUGCUACACCUGUUCCUCAAGGCGACCUAGAGUCUCUCUAUGCGCCUCCACCUAAUCCCACUUGGACACCCGCCUCAGAAACCACACUUCAGCCGUCGCCAACAAGUACCAUCGCACCGCCUGAAGAUUUAUCAGGUACUGAUGACGAACCCGUUGCAAAUACUGCGCUCUCAAGAAAGUUCGUAGACAGUCGUUGCACGCCCCAACAGCAGGCCAUUAUCGAGAAUGCAUGGUACGAAGCAAGUUUGCUUGACGAUGCCUCAACGAAAUAUGUACCGAAUGGCGCAUUUUCCACCGCGUAUAUCAACCAUUUUGGAGCAAACGUUGCAGACACUGGUAGCUGGUUGCCCUGGGAUCAAAAUUAUCGGAAAAUCAUUGGAGACAACCUGAAUAGGCGGCAUGCUCUCGAGACUGACAAUGCUCCCUCAAACGCCUACCUCUACUAUUACUGCUACGAUUGGAGAAACAACUGCCCCCCGGGUAGAGUAGGCUAUUCAAAUACUAAGGCAGGAUUGUGGUGGUACAAUCAUUAUAUAACCUGGUGCCCGCUGUUUUUCAGGACACCCACGAUCGGACAGGUUAUCAACGAGGUUACCAAAUUGCCAGACUCAGCGAAGGAGAAGAACAUCCUGGAACCCUUUUACUAUACCAGCGCUGCGUCAAUGUAUCACGAGACCUGGCACAUGCGGUACACGAUUUCCAAUCCAAUGAUCGAGGAUUAUAAUCCAGGCUAUUGGCCCCAGGGUUCCUGGGAUUUGGCUGCAACGAAAGGCGCAUACUGGACAUCGCUCAAUGCCGACUCUUACGUCUGUUCCAACUUGGCUAUAUACUUAUGGGAUCUCUUCAGGUUGGCCACGGCUCCCCUUCCUAGGAACGUGUACGAGCAACGAAGCGGUUUCACAUCUUCGUACUCUGGAAUCACCUUUACCUAUGACGAUUCCAAUGCAACUGAGGAAUCUUUUCCGGCCAGUUUCGUCGAUCCAAGUGAUCCUAAUGAUCCAAACGCUGCACCCGAUCCGAAGCUUUGGACUGCUUUUGAAGGAAAAGCACCAAUACCGGUUCCUACGGAAAUGUGCGCUAUUCAUGUCGAUGAGUUUCAAGACUGUGCAGACAUGUCUUCCAACUUGUUUGCCUUAGUAACCGUGAAGGACAGCGACGGCAAUGUCCUCGGCGAAACGACGGUCAAUGAUACCUAUCCUUUGGGAAUGCCGAUCAACGUCGGAGAUACAUAUGCUUUCUCAUUCAACGAGCUCGCAUCUACCGCGUUAAUGAUCACGGGAGAGCAUGCUGGUGACUAUAUUCAAUUUACUCUAGGGUCGUUGUCUUGGACGAGUAGGACCACGACAGGAGUUGCCACUUGUAAAAAUGGAGGGUGGGACCCUAGGGAUGGUCCAAUCUGUGCCACUUGUAAAAAUGGAGGGUGGGACCCUAGGGAUGGUCCAAUCUGUGCUGAACGGUACGGGGAUCAGAACGCGGAAAAUCAGAUCGACUGCCAAGUCCCGUGUUCGGCCUUCAUGUGA